UACAGCUCCUCAGAGGCAGCUCCUCCAGACCCAGACUGCAUGAACUUCCAAUUUAACACGUCUGCCCACAAUGCCACCUCCUUUCAGCCAACUUUCUUCAUCUUGGUCGGGAUCCCUGGCCUGGAGGAUUCACAGCGUUGGGUCGGUAUUGUCUUCUGCUUGGCCUACGUUAUCGCAGUGAUAGGAAACAUGACAUUAGUGCUCGUCAUCCCAAUGUUUCCCAGUCUCCAUGGACCAAUGUUUAUAUUUCUCAUGUUAUUAGCAUCCAAUGACAUCCUGCUGGGUGUCAGCAUAGUCCCUAAAAUGUUGUCCAUCUUCUUCUCCAGUUCCAGACUCAUCCUUUUUGAUGUUUGUCUGGUCCAGAUGUUUUUCCUCCAUUCCUUUACAAGCAUUGAAUCCGGCCUGCUACUGGCAAUGGCGUUUGACCGGUACGUCGCCAUCUGCAAACCUCUCAGAUAUUCCUCCAUCGUGACCAGCAGACUCAUAGUGAAGAUCAUCGUUAUGUUGUGUGUCCGGCCAGUAGUUUUGUUUGUUCCGUGUAUUCUUUUGGUCAAACGGUUUAAGUCGUUCAAGACUAAUAUUAUCUCUCACUCUUACUGUGAGCACAUGGCUGUGGUGAAACUUGCCGAUGCGGACAUCCGUGUGAACAGCGCGUUGGGUCUACUGGUUGCUUUCACCCUGUUAGGGAAUGAUCUGCUGUUUAUUUCACUGUCAUACGGCAGGAUUUUCCAAGCAGUCUACAGACUCCCAUCCACAGAAGCUCGACUGAAGGCAUUUAACACGUGUACGCCCCAUAUCUGUGUCUUUUUAAGCUUCUACAUGCUUGCCUUUUUCUCCUUUUUAUCUCACCGUUACGGGAAACACAUUCCAUCCUAUAUCCACAUUAUUCUAUCAGAUUUGUACCUCCUCGUUCCACCCAUGAUAAAUCCACUCAUGUACGGCAUAAAGACAAAACUGAUCCGUGGACACGUGUGGAAACUUCUAUGUAAAAUCAAAACAUGUUCAUGGCGUUGACCUCUCACCCCACAUCUUGUAGUCACACAAUAGAAAUGUAUCUUCGGUGAUAAAAAU